CGAGGGUAUGGGCGCCUCCGCGGCCCUAGACCUGGUGGUGUGCAGGGUAUGGGUAUAUUAAGAGCUCCGAUAUUGUUAAAGUCACCAACGUCAACGUUUCUCUCGCCAGUCCUCCCUCAACUUUGUUCGUUGAACGAAAAGAAACAUGCGUGUCUCCGAGCUCCUCACGUUUGCGCUGCUCCAAGCAUCAUCGGCAUGGUCAUCGCCUAACGAACCUUAUGAGGCUCGUACCGUUCCGUCGAAACGGCCACAACACCCAAUUAAACCAUAUCACCCUGGCAAAGCAUUUCCACCGUCCCCGAGCCGCACGAAGACAUGUGUCGUCAAAGCGAACGGAAAUGGUACAGAUGAUUCACAGAACAUACUAAAGGCCAUCAAAACCUGCAACAAUGGCGGUCACGUCGUCUUCCCGAAGGACAAGAAAUUUACUAUCGGCACGGCACUUGAUCUCACGUUCCUCCAACAUAUCGACCUCGAUAUCCAGGGGACAAUCCAAUUUUCCAAUGACACGGACUACUGGCAAAAGCACGCCUUCUACCAAACCUUCCAGAACGCCACCACGUUCUUCCAGCUAGGCGGCACAGACGUCAAUGUCUACGGUGGCGGCACUUUCGAUGGCAAUGGUCAGGUCUGGUAUGACCUUUAUGCCAAGGAUAUCUACAUCCUUCGACCCAUCCUUUUCGGUGCAAUCGGUCUGCAUGGCGGUCGCAUUGAGGACCUCAAGUUUCGAUAUAGCCCGCAGUGGUACACGUUAGUUGCGAACUCGACCGAUGUUGUGUUUUCCAACAUAGAUAUCGCUGGAGGCAGCGUGAGCAAGAACCCUGCUAAGAACACUGAUGGUUGGGACACAUACCGCUCCGACAACAUCGUCAUUCAAAACUCACAUAUCGACAAUGGAGAUGACUGCGUAUCCUUCAAGCCCAACAGCACCAACAUCGUUGUUCAAAACCUGUGGUGCAAUGGCAGCCACGGUAUCAGUGUCGGCAGCUUAGGCCAAUACGUCGGAGAAGUCGAUUACGUAAAGAACAUUUACGUGUACAACGUUAGCAUGUCCAACGCUUCGGAUGGCGCACGCAUCAAGGUCUGGCCUGGCUCGCCAUCCGCUCUUUCGGGCGAUCUGCAAGGCGGAGGUGGCUCCGGCGCGGUCUCGAACAUCACGUACGACGGCAUGGUGCUCUCGAACGUCGACUACGCAAUCGAGAUCACGCAGUGCUAUGGGCAGAGGAACAUCACCUUGUGCAAUCAGUACCCAUCCAAUCUCACCAUCUCCGACAUCACGAUCAAAAACUUCUCGGGCAAAACUAGCAAGAAGUACGACCCGCUGAUCGGCUACCUGGUCUGCUCGAGUCCAAAGGUCUGCUCUGAUAUUAGGAUUCAGAACAUCAAUGUGACGAGUCCGAGUGGCAAGGAUUUGUAUGCUUGUGGGAGCAUCACUGGGAUUGAGAAGCAGGUCCACUGCACGACCAAUGGGACUAAGGGUGGAAACUCGUAAAUGAGCAAUCUUCCCGUAGCACGUAGAAGAUUACAACUAGAUCGUCGUC